CACAAUUAGUUGAUUCUCAUCUAUCCAUCCAGUUUCCCUUCAACAGCAACAGCCAUGUCGUACUCACCACCCAGCUCCGCGAAGCCCUUCACGCUCAAUAUACCGGACCAGGAUAUCGAUGAGUGGCGCCAGCUCCUCACGCUCUCCAAGCUCGCGCCCGAAACAUGGGAAGGCUCCCAUGAAGACGGCCGCUACGGCGUCACGCACAAGUGGCUUCGCGAGACAAAGGACUACUGGCUGAACACGUACGACUGGCGCGCCGAGGAGAGGCGCAUAAACUCGUUCCCCAACUAUCGCAUGGCCAUUGACGGCGUCGAUGUACACUUCGUCGCCCUCUUCUCCUCAAAAAAGGACGCCAUCCCCAUACAGCUCCUGCACGGCUGGCCCGGCUCCUUCGUCGAGUUUCUGCCCAUGCUCAACCUCAUCCGGACCCAGUACCCUGAUGCAAAGGACCUUCCGUACCACAUCAUCGUGCCCUCGCUCCCCGGAUACCCGCUCUCGCCGCGCCCGACAGACCGCGAUUGGACCAUGGAAGAGAGUAGCACGGUGCUCAACCAGCUGAUGGUGAACCUCGGCUUCACCAAGUACAUUGCGCAGGGCGGCGAUGUCGGAAGUUUCGUUGCACAAUCGAGUGCGGCGAGAUACGAUGAAUGCGUGGGGAUUCACUUGAACAUGUUCACCGGACAGACUGACAACCUGGAGCUCUCAGAGCUCGAGAAGAAGUCGAUCGCCUCCGCGCAGGCGUGGCAAGAGACGGGGAUUGCGUAUGCGCAGGAGCAUGCCACUCGCCCCAGCACCAUCGGCAGCGUUCUGAGCUCGAAUCCGCUUGCGCUGCUUGCCUGGAUCGCCGAGAAGCUCAUUGAAUGGACCGACACGACGCCCCCGCUCGACCACAUCCUAACCAACAUCACACUGUACUGGUACACAUCCAGCAUACUAACCUCGCUGUAUCCGUACCGCCAGCUGUUCAGCAAGGUGCUGGGCGCCGCAGCCGUGCCCAACGUGUACAUCUCCAAGCCCACUGGGUUCUCGUUCUUCCCGCACGAGCUGUCCCCCGGCUUCAAGAGGGUGGUGGAGAAGGGCGUCAACCUGGUCACGUACGAAGAGCACGAGCACGGGGGCCACUUCGCGGCGCUCGAGCAGCCGGAGGCGCUGUGGGGCGAUGUCGAGGCCUAUGUCAAGAUCGCGUGGGGAAAGGUAUGAGGCCGUACGUCUCGGUAUUUGGUGGCGUGUUGAGCUGACGGUGGCAGGCGAGCGCUGGGCCGAGGUUGUAGGUGUAGCAGCAACAGGUACGCAGCCGUAGACGGUGGUUGUUGAUAGCCUUGGGAUGGGAUCAGCUAGGCCACCAGUCGUUUCAAUAGCAGAGAUCAUCGACAAUUCAGUGCAGGUGUAAGGUGAACGUGAGGGAUCGAGGUCAAGGGGUCCCAUCAGCGCUGUUGCAUUUGCUCCACGUUCACCCCCGAUCUCACGCACAUACGUGUUCGUCGUGGACAGUCCACACGCUGACCAUUGCAUAUUUUCGUCGUUCACACGUUCUGCCUUUGCAUCCUCAAUUCUUCUAUUCCCUAGGUCCCUCAAUCAAGAUCUU